AUGUCUUCAUCGACAGAUCAUGGAGUGUCAUUCAUUGAACCCAAGCAGCUUGCAGAUCUCAUUAAAACAAAACCUCAAAAUCUCAUGAUUAUUGAUGUUCGUGAUGCUGAUUUUGAAGGUGGCAACAUCAAGUCAGCUCAAAAUAUUCCGUAUUUUGAUGAGGAAAAAGCAAGGGAGCUUGCUCUUCGAGUGUAUCAACACAAUUCACAACAACAGAAUCAACCAAAGUUACAAAUCCGAGCCAAACAAUUAUUGAAUGAAUUGCAUGCUGUGAAUGGCGGAGUAACCAAAUACAAUACAACUGGAAGCGAUGAUCACAGAAUUUAUCAAGUCAUUUUCAAUUGUUACUACUGCCGAAUGAGAGGUCCGACUGCUGCAAAAUUAUUUCAAACUGUUUUGCAAGAAGUGUACAACAAUCAGGCACCGCCAAAUAAUGUGCACGGGACAUCAGUAAUAUUACUUCCAGAGAUUAAGUUUGUUAAAGGGGGAUGGAGUGCUUGGAAAAGGUUGUACAAAAAUGAUCCAACUUUGUGUGACAAUUGUAAACAAUUGGACAAAUUCAUUAAGGCAGUUAGAAAAUAA